UUUUCGUUUUCCGUUCUUUGAAAGUACACAACGACGUAAUACCCAUCCCGUGAUAUUUACUCUGGCGUCGAUUUUUCUACAGCAUAAUUCCACUAUAGUGUAAGGUGGUUUUCAAUAAGCUGCAAUCGAAGAUUUCAUCAUGGAUCCAGAGGAUGAGUCUUUGGAUAUGCAUCUUCUGCAUGAUUACACACCAAACCCAAGAUUCCAGGACAUAUACAAGCAACUUUGGGACCACUUAUGUGCAAGGAAUUAUGAAUCCUUUAGAAAUAUCUUUGAACGAUAUCUAAAAAAACAGCCACUCAGGAUCAAUGUAAACUAUUCCUAUUCAGAUCGAUCAGAGGAGACCUUGCUGGACAUUGCCUGUAAAAAUGGCUUUUCAGAAUUUGUACAAUUUCUAUUAGAGAAAGGGGCAAUAGUCAAUAGAGUCAAUCAAGCUCAUAAUCGUGGACCAAUUCACUUUGCCACAGAAAAAGGUCAUGUGAAUGUCCUCCGUGUAUUAUUGGAGGAGCCUACAAUAAAUCCAAACUUGGAAGCAGGACAACAAACAGCUUUACACAUGGCUGUGAAGAAGAAUUACUUGGAUUGUGCAGAGUUGCUUUUACAAAAAAGUGCUAGUCCUAAUAUUCCCAAUAACAAAGGUCUAACUGCAUUGCAUAUGGCAGCUAUGCAAAGCGAAAAGGACAUGAUAAACUUAAUUAUGGAGAAAACAAAACACAAGGUAGAUUUGGACAGUUACAAAGACUACAACAAUCAAACGACCAGGGAAGUAUUGCAGGAGCAGCUACCAGAUAUCCAAUUGCCCCCUGUUGACAGCAGAGAAGGAAAUGAUCAUAACUUGAAGUAUUAUUUAAAUGCUAAUGAUGAAAUGAAUUUCUUGAAAUGCUUGAAAACUGUUAAGGAUGAUGUAGUGAACAACAUAGCAGAGGAUCUGAUAGAAAUGGCUGUGGAGAGGAGGUUCAGGGAUGCAGUAAUUGAGUUGUUAGAUAGAACAAAAAAAUCUGUACGUAAUUUGGAGAAGGCUGCAAAUUUGGCCAUUCAACAGGGUUUACCACAUAUUCUUUGUGAAAUAUUGAACACAGAUUUGGAAGUUAAGAAUGAUCUGUUGUUGAAUGCUUGCAUAGAGUUGGAUAUGCUGGAAAAGGCAAGCACUGGCACCAUUGAUAAGCGCCUGGAGUGUUUAAACUUAAUUCUAGAAAGAGAGGAUGUAGAUGUUCGAUGCACAGACAGCAAAGGAAAUACUCCACUCCAUUACGCGGCCAGAGCCGACUGUCGCGAAGCGGUGACAUCGUUACUCAAGAAAGGAAGCUACAUCGGUCAUAUGAACAACUUCGGCGUACCACCAGUUGCAGACAUUUCCAUGUCUACUUUGUCCCAAUACUUCGACGACUGCAUACAGGCUAAAAGAGGACAAUCGAAGGAGUAUUACAUUGAAUUCGAUUACAAGUGUCUAAUGCCUCAUGAUACCUCUGACAUGGACAGCCAACAGAACAAAUGGAUGAACCAAGAGAAAAGAGAAAUGGACGCGUUGCGGUAUAUUUCUAGCAAAAGUAACUUAAAAUACCUGUUAAAGCACCCUCUGUUAUCCUCCUUUUUAUACCUGAAAUGGUUAAGAGUAAAGCCUAUUCUGUGUCUAAACUUAAUAUUUUACAUACUGUUUUAUAUAUUAUUGAACUGUCAUAUAGUAUACAGAAGUUAUGUUAAAAAUCCAUAUGCACCUACGAAUUCAAGCACAGAAAUUAACGAAUCAAGUUCCGUUAAUACUUUGCAAAUACUUACCGGUAUUAUGUUAGUCAUAUUCACUCUUAAAGAAAUUCUUCAAUUAAUCUCAUCACCGUAUCAUUAUAUAUCAACUUACGAAAAUUGGAUGGAAAUAGCUUUGAUAGGUUCUGGAUUCGCUGUGCUAAAUGGUGCAGGAACACCGAUUACGGUCGUAACGAUAUUACUAUCCGCCUGGGUGUUCAUAAUCCUGUUAGGCAAGUAUCCACGGUUUUCCACCGCCGUAGAGAUGUUCAAAACUGUGUCGCUUAACUUCAUGCGCUUUUUAGCCCCUUACGUGAUACUUAUUUACGCUUUUGCUCUUGCUUUCUUCAUUCUCUUCAAAGAUGGCUCCGAAAGUUUUCCAGAUUUUGAACACUCCUUGUUCAAGACCAUUAUUAUGCUUACCGGAGAGUUUGACGCUGAUGACAUUCCAUUUAUGUUGCACCCACUUCUGAGUCACCUUGUUUUCGUCGCCUUCGUUUUUCUCAUUGCAAUAAUAUUGUUCAAUUUACUGAAUGGUUUGGCUGUUAGCGAUACCGCAGACAUUCUUGGAAAAGCGGAACUAGUAGGGUUAAUUUCUAGGGUACAGGUUCUUGCUUACAUGGAGAACGUGGCCGUUGGCACUUCGUUUGCACAUAAUAAGUUGCAUUGUUUAGUCUGUUGUGGGUUCUUGCGUGUCUGUGGAUGCAAUCCGUCCUCGUUUUUUGCGGAGAAGAUGCUUCUUUUCCCAAGUUUUUUGAAAAGUGGUAAAUUGAAAAAGCAACCGCACAAUAUGAUGGGGGCUCGUGAUAAUGAAAUGUAUUACAAGGGACGAUUUGAUGAAAAUACUACUGUCGGAUACAAGGACCCCUUUAAAAUGCUUAUUUUUCAACAAGCCAAAGAGAUUUUAUCAAAGAGGAGUCGAAAAUUAAACAUUGAAAAGGUGAUCAGCGAAUUGAAGGAAGUGAAAGAGAAAUUAUCUGUGAUUGAAUUUAGAAGAUAUAAAACAGAAGAUUGAUAAUAAUAAUUUUAAUGUUGCGAGAGAUGAUGAGAAUUACAGGAAACCUUAGAUAAUUGCCCAAAACGCAUCAAACACGAUAUACAGUA